CUUGCACACCUUUUCAAGAGGUCAGGACUCAGGUCGUCAGAGAAGACAGAAGGGUACUCGGUCUGUCUGUCUCUCUCCCUCUCUCUCCGAGAAUCAAUCAACGAGAACGAUGUCGCUUACGGUGCUCGACGAUGAUAUGGUUCGCAGCAUGUCAAUUGGAGCAGUUUUCUCUGACUUCGUUGGAAAGAUAAAUUCGAUAGAUUUCCAUCGGAAGGAAGAUUUAUUGGUCACAGCCAGUGAGGAUGAUUCGGUGCGAUUCUACGACAUUGCAAAUGCUAAGUUGCUCAAGACCACAUAUCAUAAGAAGCAUGGUGCUGAUCGUAUAUGCUUUACCCACCACCCUAGCUCUGUUAUAUGCUCUUCAAGGCACAAUUUGGAGUCCACAGGAGAAUCCCUGCGGUAUUUAUCAAUGUAUGAUAAUCGGUGCCUUCGUUACUUCAAAGGCCAUAAAGAAAGAGUUGUUUCGCUCUGCAUGUCUCCAAUUAAUGACAGCUUCAUGUCCGGUUCUCUCGAUCAUAGUGUCAGAAUAUGGGAUCUUCGUGUAAAUGCCUGCCAGGGAAUUCUACGCUUGCGUGGUAGACCUACAGUUGCGUAUGACCAACAAGGCCUUGUCUUUGCUGUAGCGAUGGAAGGGGGUGCAAUUAAAUUGUUUGAUUCACGUUCCUAUGACAAGGGUCCCUUCGACACUUUUUUAGUUGGCGGAGAUACAGCAGAGGUUUGCGAUAUCAAAUUUAGCAAUGACGGAAAAUCAAUGCUAUUGACGACCACAGAUAACAAUAUUUACGUUCUUGAUGCUUAUGGAGGGGAAAAGCGCUGUGGGUUCAGUUUGGAACCAUCUCAAACAACAAAUAUAGAGGCAACUUUUACCCCAGAUGGCCAGUACGUGGUCUCAGGCUCAGGAGAUGGAACCAUACAUGCCUGGAGCAUCAACAUGCGUAAUGAGGUGGCAUCCUGGAACAGUAACAUUGGGGUGGCAUCGUGCUUGAAGUGGGCACCCCGUAGGGCCAUGUUUGUUGCUGCAUCAACUGUGCUCACGUUUUGGAUACCCGACAAUUCAAAGCUCAAUGCUGAGUCUGGUUCUAUGGACACCGAACCUGCGACUCAAUCCCAACAUAUUUCCCAAUGAACCAGCCUCUGUUCUAUAUUCAGGAAACUUUUCGUUCUCAACCAUUUCAAUUUCCAAAACUCUUUACGUCGAAGAAAAUGGUUGCGACUAAAAAUAUUUGUAUCAUGUUUGCUGGAAUUUUCGAUCAGGCGAGGAUCGAAAUUAGUUUUUGUAAGCGAUUAUAUGCUUGGCCAAGUGCCAAAAAUUUGGUUGCGAUCGAAACUGCUGUAUAAGUUCUGUUUAUA